GGAUGCAGCCGGAAGUGCAGCGUGCGUGCGGUUUGGUGGGUCGCUGUGUGCGCUCCGCGUGUGCAGCCGCGUGGGCCAUGGGGCGGCGGGCGCGGGGCCGGCGGUUCCAGCAGCCGCCGCAGCCUGAGGGCGAGGAAGACGCCAGCGACGGCGGCAGAAAGCGAGGCCAGGCGGGCUGGGAAGGUGGCUAUCCCGAGAUCGUAAAGGAGAACAAGCUCUUCGAGCACUACUAUCAGGAACUCAAGAUCGUGCCAGAGGGAGAAUGGGACCAAUUCAUGGAGUCACUCCGAGAACCUCUCCCAGCCACACUGAGAAUCACUGGGUACAAAAGCCAUGCCAAAGAGAUUCUCCAUUGCUUGAAGAACAAGUACUUUAAGGAGUUGGAGGACCUGGAAGUAGAUGGACAGAAAGUUGAAGUUCCACAACCACUAAGCUGGUACCCUGAAGAACUUGCCUGGCAUACAAACUUAAGUCGGAAAAUCUUGAGGAAGUCCCCGUUGUUGGCAAAGUUCCAUCAGUUCCUGGUCAGCGAGACUGAGUCUGGAAACAUCAGCCGCCAGGAGGCUGUCAGCAUGAUCCCCCCACUGCUGCUCAACGUGGAGCCACACCAUAAGAUCUUAGACAUGUGUGCAGCCCCUGGAUCCAAGACCACACAGUUAAUUGAAAUGUUGCAUGCAGACAUGAGUGUGCCCUUUCCAGAGGGAUUUGUAAUCGCAAAUGACGUGGACAACAAGCGCUGCUAUCUGCUCGUCCAUCAGGCCAAAAGGUUGAGCAGUCCCUGCAUCAUGGUGGUAAACCAUGACGCAUCCAGCAUACCUAGACUUACAGUAGAUGUGGACGGAAGGAAAGAGAUUCUCUUCUAUGAUCGAAUUUUAUGUGAUGUCCCUUGCAGUGGCGAUGGCACAAUGAGAAAAAACAUUGAUGUCUGGAAGAAAUGGACAACCUUAAACAGCUUGCAGCUCCAUGGCCUGCAGCUUCGGAUUGCAACUCGAGGUGCUGAGCAGCUGGCGGAAGGUGGCAGGAUGGUGUAUUCCACGUGUUCCUUGAACCCCGUGGAGGAUGAAGCAGUGAUCGCAGCUCUGCUAGAGAAGAGUGAAGGAGCUCUUGAGCUUGCUGAUGUGUCUGCUGAGUUGCCAGGACUGAAGUGGAUGCCUGGAGUCUCACAGUGGAAGGUCAUGACUAGAGACGGGCAGUGGUUUGCAGACUGGCAUGAGGUUCCCCAGGGCAGGCAUACACAAAUCCGACCUACCAUGUUCCCACCAACGGACCUGGAGAAGCUACAGGCAAUGCAUCUAGAGCGAUGCCUUCGAAUCCUGCCCCAUCAUCAGAAUACUGGAGGGUUCUUUGUGGCAGUAUUGGUCAAGAAAGCACCAAUGCCGUGGAACAAACGUCAGCCCAAGGUCCAGAAUAAAUCUGCAGAAGCCAGAGAACCCAGGGUAUCCAGCCAUGUGGCUGCCACAGAGGGAAAUCCCAGUGACCAGUCUGAGCUGGAAAGUCAGAUGAUAACUGGAGCUGGUGACUCAGAAACAGCUCACAACACUGAGAACACAGAGAGCAAUGAGAAGAAAGAUGGCGUGUGUGGCCCUCCUCCAUCAAAGAAAAUGAAGUUGUUUGGAUUUAAAGAAGAUCCAUUUGUAUUCAUUCCUGAAGAUGAUCCUUUAUUUCCACCUAUUGAGAAGUUUUAUGCCUUGGAUCCUUCAUUCCCGAGGAUGAAUCUGUUAACCCGAACCACAGAAGGAAAGAAGCGGCAGCUUUAUAUGGUCUCCAAGGAGCUGAGGAAUGUACUGCUGAACAACAGCGAGAAGAUGAAGGUCAUUAACACUGGGAUAAAAGUCUGGUGUCGAAAUAACAGUGGUGAAGAAUUCGAUUGUGCAUUCCGUUUGGCACAGGAGGGAAUAUAUACAUUGUAUCCAUUUAUCAAUUCAAGAAUCAUCACUGUAUCAAUGGAAGACGUGAAGACACUGUUGACCCAGGAGAACCCAUUCUUUAGAAAACUGAGCAGUGAGGCCUACAGUCAAGUCAAGGACCUUGCAAAGGGAAGUGUUGUGCUGAAGUAUGAGCCAGAUUCUGCGAAUCCAGACACCCUCCAGUGCCCCAUCGUGCUGUGUGGGUGGCGGGGAAAGGCCUCUAUUCGAACUUUUGUGCCCAAAAAUGAGCGGCUUCAUUAUCUCAGGAUGAUGGGUCUGGAGGUACUGGGAGAAAAGAAGAAAGAGGGAGUCAUUCUUACCAAUGAGAAUGCUGCCAGCCCAGAGCAGCCUGGAGAUGAGGAUGCCAAGCAGACAGCACAAGACCCCUGCGUCCCAGACUCCGUCCCUGGCUGUGAUGCAGCUGCAGCUGAGCCAUCCCGGUGAAGGAGUCUUCACACAAUGAAUUGGUACCAUCCGUUGUUGGAGAUCAAACCUAGAAUGUCCUUAGCCAGGGACCUGGAAAUGAGUGGUGGCCACAGUCUGUUAGGAGUCGCUUUUGCAGAGUGGAUACAUGUUUCUGCUGUUAAAGGCUAACAGCCUUUGCAGAAGUUCAGAUCCCUUGUUGGCCAGUAUUGACCUAGUCUUCUAAAACGACAGUAAAAGUCUACAAGUCUUUGGGAAGCAGCUCUAUCUAUCUAUGCUUUAAUACUUUCUGGACUGCACACCAGUGUGCUGUGCAGUCAUGCUGACACUGAGGUCUCAGGUGACUUCUGUGCCUUUGUGAUAAAGGGUGAGAUAAGCCAUCUCAGAGGGAAGGCUGGUGAAUCAUGACAGCAGUUUUGGGGACCGUUUGUGCUUAUCCUGGAGUUGUUUUAAGUGGGGUGGAGAUUGCUUGGGUCAUGAAAUAAAGAGCUAUUAUGAUCAUGUAUCUUGGCAUGAGACUUGGAUUUGCUUUUAGUUGGCUAAUGGGAGAGAAAAGCCAGCCCUCUGGUGUCUCAUACAGGACUUGAAGCUGGACUGUCAGCCGUGUUUCCCUCGCCCAGAUUCUCCCGGCAGAGUCCUUGCAGGAGCUCUUCCUUCCCUCUGUCUGUAAUGCAUUUUGUCCGCACAGUUGAGCAUCAGUUACACCAAUGCUCUUCCGGCCUCCCUAUAUGUGCUCUGAGCUAAACAGGCUACCUCUGGGAACUCAGCUGUGCCUUGCUCAUAAACGAUCAGUCCAGCUGGAUUUGAUGACUGUUUAUAUGCCCUGGGGAGGGUCAUAGGAGCCUCACCUAAAUGUCCAGCUGUGCCAUUCCUCAAGUUGUAUGUAACUCUUCCUUGGGGAGGGACCGGAGGAUACAGGCCAAAGAAGACCAGGGUGGGAUUCCAUCUCUGUGGCUAUGGGAAAGCUGUCAUCUGCUGGUUAAAGACUUUGGCACUGCCUUUGCAGGGUAGGGAAACCCAAGCCUCUGUAAGUAGCGCUCACCUGCUCUACAAGUAAGCCCAGAAACUCAUUGGUUCCCAGAAUGAAUUCUGGUAGAGCUGUGGAGUGUGGAUGAAACACUGUUGGGCUCUUAGGAGGAGGGGCAGACUUUGCUUAGUUCCCUGCCCGGGGGAGGCAUUUUAGCAGCAGUGGGUCUUUCCUGGCAUAGGUCUUACACUUGGACCUGACCUUGAGGUGAGUAGAUCAAUAAGCCGUAGCCAUUGCAAGUACCUCACUGUCAAGAAGACGGGUGUCAGCCUCAGCCAGUGCUACCCAGGCUGCCUCCAUCUUGUGACUCCUCCUCUUACAGGGUGCGGGUUAGUUACUUUGUAAAAUAUUUUUGGGCUUUUAAGUCUAACUAGAGCAGAUAGGCAGUGCAGCUAGGGCUUGUGUUACCAUUGGUUGUCACCUCGUGGUGACAGCUUUGCUUGUUGGCAGGCAGGUGUCUGCCAUUGUCUUCGUCCUUAUUUGUGUCUUACAGGGAGGUCUCCUAAGACUUGGUUCUUUUUCCUCAUCAGACUUCAACAGCAUCAGCAUUGUUUUUUGAGACAUGAUUUUGUUAAGUUUUGACCCUGAGAACCUCCUGCUUCAGCCUCCUAGGUACUGGGCUUCUCAGCAUGAGUUGCCAUGCCAGCUUUGGAUGCCGUCCUGUAGAGACCCCCUUAGCAGAUGAAACUUACUCUGAUUCUUGGUCAAAUCCUACUGGGAGGACAGGCCGGGUGGCAAUCCUGGGUGCCAUUCAUGCUGUGUGCUUUUCCCUUGGGUUCCAGAAUAUUUUAAAUGGUUCCAAUGAAUGCUUAUAGUGAAGUGUGUUUUCUUUUCAAUUUCAGUACGGUUUGUCUGAUUCCCAUAAGGUGCUGCUCUGUGGAAGUAAAGACAUUUGCCUAUAGGACUUCUUGGCCUUGCAUAAA